AUGACGACCCCCGCAAUCACAUUCGACGCUUCCCAUGCCUCCCCGCGCCUCCCCUCCCCGUCCUCCCGCUCCUCCUCCCGCGGCGUCUCCCUCGACCUCCCACUCCCCAGCCCGGGCCUCCGCUCUCCGCGCCGCAACAGGUCCGCUCUCCGCCAGUUCUACGGGCUCAAGGCCUCUGGUGAAGCUGGUGAGGAGGCGGAAGAGGCGCCAAAAGAGCCGGUAGAGGAGCUUGGGGAGCUCGACCGCGAGGGCUUCGAGGUGAGUACGUAUGUCGAGAAGCUCUUUGAGACGGCGGAGCUGAAGGAGCUGCUCAGGGUCGAGAAUGAGCUUGUGAAUGAGAUACGUGGCUUUGACGGUGAGCGGAAGGCGCUGGUAUACGAUAACUACAGCAAGCUGAUCAUGGCGACGGACACGAUCCGGAAGAUGAGAGCCAACAUGGAGCCCCUCGCGCCCACGACUUCGACGCUCGGCCCGGCGAUUGCGCAUAUCGCGCAGGUGUCGGCGUCGCUUGUGCAGACGAUUCCGGUGUCGCCGGUUGCGCUGAGCUCGACGGGGGGUCGGGAGGGCAGUAAACGGAAGAAGGAGACGGUGGUGUGGGCGCUGGGGUGUCCGGAGAGGAUUGAGGUGGCGGUAAAGGAGGGAAAUAUGGAGGAGGCGGAGAGGGAGUGGGGGGUGCUGAAGGUGUGUUUGGAGAAGUGGGAGGGUGUCAAGGGCGUAGAGCAAUUGAAGGCGAAAGCGCUGAAGGCAUUGGGGAAAGAGGAGUGA